UUUAUUUUCCCGAAGUAAUUUGUAGGAGUCAAUGGCCUGAGGCAUUCAUCUCUCCGCGCAAUGCCAUUCUCUGCUAUGAGUAUGUCUGUUUCGUGCAACGUGGCUCGAUUUCAUUCCAAUAUUAAUAUCUAAUCCCUCUCCACAUGGUUUAGUGUUGGAAUCCUCAGGGGUAUUCACUUUCUUUUACAGUAGCAAUGGCAAAUGCAAUUGCUAUUCCAACCACUUGUUUAUAUAUAUUAUCUAACAAGAUAUACUCGUGCAUGAGCAAGAGUACAGAACUCCAGAAGCAGAAGCCGAAAAAAUCAAUGCGCGUGACUUGUUGCAUAAGGGAAACUGAAAAUAGCAGUGUUAAUGAAAGAGUUUCAAGGACUCUAGUGCUGGAGAGAUACAAUAAUGAAACUACAAAAAGUUUGAAGGCCUCAAAAUGCAAAAGAGUGGGACCGUUUAUGCUUUCACCCAAAUUUUUACAUAACAUGAGGGGACAACUCCUAUCGAUAACAAGAGGAUAUGUGUUAGACAGGAAUUCUAUGGUACAAAUAGAGGAUGAGGUACACAAAGAGAUGAAAUCUCACUAUAAAAAUGGAGUUCUCAUGGCCAUCCAAAAUCCUCGUCUUCCAAGUAUUAUAAAAGAGUUUAUCUUGCCCGCAGGAUAUCCAGGGUCUGUUUCUGAUGACUAUCUGGAGUACAUGCUUUGGCAGUUCCCAACAAAUGUAACUGCGUGGAUAUGCAAAACACUAGUCACUUCUAGUCUCUUGAAGGCUUUAGGAAUAGGUUCGUGGACAGGAUCAACAGCCGCUGCAUCAACAGCUGCUGCAUUAUCAGCUGCAAUCAAGUGGGUAUCUAAGGACGGGCUUGGAGCUAUAGGUCGCUUAGUUAUUGGUGGACGCUUUGGAGGCCUUUUCGAUGAUGAUCCAAAGCAAUGGCGAAUGUAUGCAGAUUUUGUUGGCAGUGCAGGCAGUAUUUUCGAGCUUGCAACACCACUAGUUCCGGGAUACUUCCUUCCCCUUGCCUCUAUUGGUAACCUUACAAAGGCUAUAGCAAGAGGAUUAAAAGACCCUUCAUUUCGUGUGAUUCAAAACCACUUCGCUGUUUCUGGAAACUUAGGAGAUGUUGCAGCCAAGGAAGAAGUCUGGGAAGUUGCUGGAGAGCUUGUUGGUCUUGCAAUUGGUGUAACAAUAAUUGCUACACCAGGGCUGUUAAACACAUAUCCAAAGCUGGCUUUAACAUGGGCUAUUCUGCGCUUGUUGCACCUUGUACUACGUUAUCAAUCCCUUUCAGUUCUAAGAUUUUCAUCGAUAAAUCUCAAACGUGCACGCCUCUUAGUUGAGUCUCAUGUCUCAGGUUCCCCAGUUCCUGAUUUUACAAGCUGCAACCAACAAGAAAACAUCUUAAUAUUUAAAGAGCUAUUAGAGCCCCGUAUUCAUUUUGGUUGCCCUCUAGAAAUGUUGAUCGGAAGAAACAUUCCAGGGAAUAAGCUGGAAGCAUUGCUAGAUCUGUAUAAGAAUGAGAAAUACAUUCUCACGGUAACAACAAAUCCUUUUCAUAGACAAGAAGCUCGCGUUGCCUUCAAGGCAGGAGCUACAACCACCACUGUCCUGCGUAGCAUAUGGCAAACGUAUUGGCUGUGCUUGCAUGGGGGGCUGUUCAAAAGAAAAGAUCUUCCAACAGGAUCAUUUUUGUCAUCUGAAGAUGUAUUGAUGAAGGAUUCAAACAAUUUAAUUCAUUGCCUGGCAGAAAGUCUGUUAAAACUGAAUGAAACAUUUGACGAUUUUCUUUUUCAACUGGAAAAUACCGGAUGGAAUGUCAAGAAUCUUUCUCUUAAGGUCCCCACCAAAGUAACCAUUAUCGAAAAUGACAGAGAGUAAUAAACACCUGUACAGCUUAACGCCAGCUUACCACUUCCUAAAUUUGUAAGCUGCCACCUUUCGCAGUAGUUUAUAGUUGUUUUGUUUCUUGUACGAGAAUUUCAAUGUUUUACGGAAUUAAUAUGGUUUCACAAAAGAUACAAAUUUA